CCCCGCCCCGUCCGGUCCCCCGCACCCCAGGCCGGGCGGCGCCGGGCGCGAUGGGGGCGGCCGAGCCGCUGCGCUCGGUGCUGUGGGUGCGGCGGCAGCGCUGCGCCGUCAGCCUGGAGCCCGCGCGGGCGCUGCUGCGCUGGGGGCCCAGCCCGGGGCCCGGGGCCGGCGCGCCCGGGGCGGGCGCCUGCUCGGUGCCCGUGGCGGAGAUCGUCGCCGUGGAGGAGACCGACAGCCACGGGAGGCCCUAUGGCAGCGGCAAGUGGCAGAAGAUGGAGCCGCCCUUCGCGUUCACAGUGCACUGCGUGAAGCGGGCGCGGCGCCGGCGCUGGAGGUGCGAGCCGGUGACGUUCUGCGUUGGGGACGAGCAGCUGUGCCAUCUGUGGCUGCAGGCCCUGCGGGAGCAGCUGGACAGGCUGACCUGUAGACCGAAGCGCCUGCUCGUGUUCAUCAACCCGUUCGGCGGGAAGGGCCGGGGCCUGCGCAUCUACGAGCGGAAGGUGGCGCCGCUGUUCGCGCUGGCCGCCAUCGCCACCGAGGUCGUGGUCACGGAGUGCGCCAACCACGCCAGGGAGGCCCUGCACGAGAUGAGCCUGGACAGCUACGACGGGGUGGUGUGCGUCGGCGGGGACGGCAUGUUCAGCGAGGUGCUGCACGGGCUGGUCGGCAGGACGCAGCGGGCGGCCGGUGUGGACCAGAACGAGCCCCUGGCGGCGCUGGUGCCCUGCCCGCUGCGCAUCGGCAUCAUUCCCGCAGGGUCCACAGACUGUGUGUGUUACUCCACCAUCGGCAUCAACGACCCGAAGACCUCCGCCCUGCACAUCAUCGUGGGGGACUCGCUGGCCAUGGACGUGUCCGCGGUGCACCACCAUGGGGCGCUGCUGCGCUACUCCGUGUCGCUGCUGGGCUACGGCUUCUACGGCGACAUCGUCAAGGACAGCGAGAAGCAGCGCUGGAUGGGGCUCAUCCGAUACGACUUCUCAGGCCUGAAGACCUUCCUGUCCCACCACUGCUACGAGGGCACCGUGUCCUUCCUCCCGGCGCAGCACACGGUGGGCUCGCCGCGGGACGGGAAGCCCUGCCGGGCGGGUGAGUGCUUCGUCUGCCGGCAGAGCAAGCAGCAGCUGGAGGAGGAGCAGAAGCGGUCGCUGUACGGCCUGGAGGGCUCGGAGGACGUGGAGGAGUGGAAGGUCAUCUGCGGCAAGUUCCUGGCCAUCAACGCCGCCAACAUGUCCUGCGCUUGUCCCCGGAGCCCCCGCGGCCUGUCCCCGGCCGCCCACCUGGGCGACGGGUCCACCGACCUGAUCCUCAUCCGCAAGUGCUCCCGCUUCAACUUCCUGCGCUUCCUCCUCCGGCACACCAACCAGCGCGACCAGUUCGACUUCACCUUCGUGGAGGUUUACCGCGUCAAGAGGUUCCAGUUCGUGUCGAAGCAGGUGGAGGACGAGGACGGCGAGCUGGGCGAGCGGGGCAAGCAGGGGCUGGGCCAGAUCUGCAGCCAGCACCCCUCCUGCUGCUGCAGCGCAGCCAGCAGCUCCUGGAACUGCGACGGGGAGGUGCUGAGCGGGUCCGCCGUGGAGGUCAGGGUGCACUGCCAGCUGGUCCAGCUCUUCGCCCGUGGCAUCGAGGAGCGCCCGUAGCGAGCCUCGGCCAGACCCCUCACCGCGCCGAGGGCCUGGCUGCCUGUGGGAAUGGAGCGAACACGAUGGACCCAUUACAUGGGCGCUGCGUUCAAACUUAGGAGUUUAUUUUUCUAGUUAAACCUCGGUUUUAGGAAAACACCUGUCAGCGGCUCUGGGACGCCCCGGGCACUUUCCGUUCCACGUGACUCCGCCCGCAGUCACCAUGACGGCGCUGGCUCUCAGACCCGGUCUGUGCCUGCGGCGAUUGAAGGACGGCCGUUUGCGGCUCUGGCAGUCGCUGUACAGACCAAGUCACAGGAGAGCCGGCCAUCCUUGUCCCGGCUGGACAGGAGGUGCCUGCCCGUCACGCCGACCGAUCGCCGUGGGCUCCCUGCCUCCCGGCCCUCACCGGAGCUCACCAUCGGGCAUUCCCGGUCCUUCCGGCUGUGCCCCCGGCACGGAGCCCGCUCAGCAGCGCCCGCGAGGGGACCAGGCUAGCGAGGGGCCUGCGGAGUCCUGGCUGUCUCCGCAGCCUCAGCCUGCGCCCGCCGUCCUCCGUCCCGGACAGUCAGCCGGCAGCCCUGGCUGCGCCGGGCGGCAGUGCGAGCUGUCUCGUUAGAAACGCCGAUGCUUUGCGCCAGGAGGCGUCCUUGGAGGCGUCAGACCCGUGGGCGGUGAGGGUAACAUUCCAGGCCGGCUGCCCUUCGCUGACCUCCCGUUCAUCUCUGCGUGUUAUCGCCGGCUUGGUCCUCUUAAGCGGGGCGUCAUUCCGGGUCCCCGUGGUCGGUGCUUGAGUUGCUGCAGCCUCGGCCCCGGACGGGCCCCCGGGGCCCCCACACCCCGGCCCGGCUGUGCCUGUAGCCGCCUGUGGGGAGCCGGGCUGUGACGGAGCGCUGGCUGCGGCGGGAAGGCUGGGCGUCCGAUGGCUGGCCGCUGCCCUGGGGCUCCGCGGGCCCGUGGCUCCGCGCGGGGCAGACGGCGUCCGAGUCCACGUGCCGGGCCGUGUAGACUGCAUGUGACUCUCCCGCUCCAUCCCCCCCCCGCCCCCCGCCCCCCGCCCCGCCCCCCCCC